CUAAACAGUUAAACCUUUGACUCCUCCUCCUGCUCUGGGCUUCAUCCCCUGCCUCCUCCUACUAACUCCAGUUUCGUUUAGUGUCCUCAGAAGGAGAAGACAUAACUUUUGGUGGCUGGAGCAACUGAUCACAACUACUUGUUAAGAUCACGCCACACUAAGGGGCCAUUGAUACUUUUCAGGUGCCUCUCCAGCUUUACUUCUUUUUUCCUAUGCCCUACAGCCUUCCCGCUCUACGGAGGUCUGCAGGCUUGCUCCUCUCUCCCUGCGCUGCUUCCCGCUCUUCGGAGGCCUGCAGCAGCGCUAUACACCCUACUGGAUGUAUUUUCUAAUACAGAUACAGAUAUAUGUGGUUCAUUCAUAUAUAUUUUUAUUUGUGUUUGUACAGGGAGAAUUUACAAACGGGCUUGGAUUAGCUGGCAUCGGAUGCAGGGAUUCCCGCGCUACCUAGGGGAAGCAGACGGCUCCGGUCCCUUGCCUCAUCCACCUCGCGCUCCUGCUGCACACAGACGGCUCUCACCAGCUUAUUGCUCUCAGGGGGAGUAUCUUCCCUAUCGGAACGCACUCACCUCCACUACACAUAGCGGUCAGGCAAGUAAUGCGUUCUCUCAAUCUCUGCCUGUUCUUUUUAGUGCAUAGGCCAGGACAUAGGUUUCCUUACCUCCUUGUGCCUAUCUUGUCUCUACAGGUUCUCAUACCACAGAGACAACAGCUGCCAUCUACCCUGCUUCGGCGGGGGUCCCCUGCCUCCUUCUUUUAAAUUAAUAAACAAAUUAAAAAAAAAAAAAAAAAAAAAAAAAAAAGAUUUUUUAUUCUCAAGUAAGGAGCAUUAUGGCAGACAAAACGGAAGAGCCCAGGACAUCCAAGUCCUCAGCUCAUACCCGUUCACAUACCCAGGUUUCUUUUCUGGCUUGCACAAAUUGUAAGACAAAAUUCAGUUCGGCCUCGACUGAUUCUGUGUGUGUGGCCUGUAGACCAUCAGAUACCUCGCCACCCCCUCUGGCUAGCACUUCUGAUUCUGAAUUGGUUAAGGCCUUAUCCCUCUCACUUGCAGGCAUCCAACAUCUAGCCCGCAUCCCUGAGACUUUAGACAAGGUACUUGAACGCUUAUCUCAACCUUCCAGGUUAGACGAUCGCCCCACGGGCACCAAACGCCUUGCACCUCCACCCCCUGACUCCCCAGAGGAACAAUUUACCCCCUCUGACGAGGAAGGUCUAGCCCUUUCCGAAGAGGACUCUGACCAGGAACACAUUGAUCCAGAUCUAGACACUCCUAGAACCCAAAAGGAAGUUGAAGGUCUCAUACAGGCGGUCCUCAGUACUCUUAAUAUCGAAGAUACCGUUACUGAAGUGGAACCUGCUAAAAAUAUCUUCAAGAGACACAAGAAGUGCUCCUAUGUGUUCCCAGCAUACGAUCAGCUUGACGAACUCAUCAAAGCCCAAUGGAAACACCCGGACCAUAGAGUGCAGGUUUCAAGGCGAUUCUCACAGACUUAUCCCUUUCCACAAGAGUGCACUGAACUCUGGGCCUCACCCCCGGCAGUAGACCCACCUGUCUCCAGACUAUCCAGAAAUACCACUAUCCCAGUGGCGGACGCUGCAGCUUUCAAAGACCCUAUAGACAAACGACUUGAGGGGUUUUGCACAUCUGCCUUCACUGCAUCGGGUUCAGCCUUUCGACCUAUCUUCGCUAUCGCUUGGGUAGCUAAGGCCAUGGAGGUAUGGGUGGAACAAGCAGCUCAGCUUAUUGGAUCGGAGGAGCCUACUACAGACAACCUCCUUUCCCAGAUCGCGGACGCAACCUCUUAUAUUGGCGAUGCAGCAAUGGAUGCAGCGAAGAUGGUGGCUCGGGCUUCAGCACAAUCUGUGGCCGCCCGGAGGUUCCUGUGGCUAAAAACUUGGUCCGCCGACCUUAUGUCAAAAAGAUCUUUAGUUAGCCUACCUUUUCAGGGCAAACUACUUUUUGGAGCCGAACUUGACAAAAUAAUCUCCCAGGCAACGGGUGGCAAAAGCACCCUUCUUCCACAGACGAGAUCCAAGAGACCACCUUUCAAACGACGCCCAUUUUUUCGUCCCUUUCGGCAGACCCAACGGUCAAAGCCGCAAGCGGAUAAAACCAGCUCCAGCUUUCGUUCCCGCUACCAAAACAAGCAGAGAUCUUCUUGGUCAUCCUCUAAAGCCCCAACAAAGCCUACUCCUGACAAGUCCAAUUCUGCAUGAAGGGGUGCCCACCCCCGAGGGGAUUCCUUUAGGAGGCCGCCUCAAAUCCUUUCGGGAGGUGUGGACCAGAAAAAUACGGGACCAAUGGGUACUUCGGGUCGUCUCACAAGGCCUAUUGAUAGACUUUACCCAA